UUACUGAAUCCCAUCAUCUUCCUAGAAAAGCGUGCCUUUUCUAUUUACCUUUUAUCUAUUUCUUUUAGUAUUAAAUAAUCUUUUGUCACUAAAUAGUAUUUUCCCGGGAACCAAACAGAAUAAAAAUAACAUUAGCUUUGCUCAAAAGUAUAUACUAGAGCCGCUGUUUUUGAUUUCGCCUGCUGCUUAAAGAACAUAUCAUUAUCAAAUAUGGACAUCGACCCAGCUCAACGUCGCCUUGAAGCCAUUCACGGCCACCUUGUCGCCGCCGGUGAUUCUCAAUCUCAACAUCUCCGUCUAAACCAGACAGCUGGCGAGUUUUUCUCCGCAGAGCAGGGUUACAGUGCUGUGCUUCCAGAAAAGUUACAAACAGGAAAAUGGAAUGUCUACAGGUCUGCCCAUGCUCCUUUGAAGCUUGUGAGCAGGUUUCCCGAUCAUCCUGAAAUUGGUACAAUGCAUGAUAAUUUUGCGCGAUCAGUUGAUACUUUCCGGGAUUACAAAUAUUUAGGUACACGAAUUCGGGUCGAUGGCACAGUUGGAGAGUAUAAAUGGAUGACAUAUGGAGAGGCAGGUACUGCACGAACUGCAAUUGGUUCUGGCUUAUUGCAUCAUGGAAUACCAUCGGGAUCGUGUGUUGGAUUAUACUUUAUCAACAGACCAGAAUGGCUCAUUGUUGAUCAUGCUUGCUCAGCAUAUUCUUACACAUCAGUCCCUUUAUAUGACACUCUUGGUCCAGAUGCUGUCAAGUUUAUCAUAAAUCAUGCUGAUGUGAAAGCUAUAUUUUGCGUGCCCCAGACAUUGACUCCAUUGCUGAGUUUCUUGUCUGAAAUAUCAUCUGUACGUCUGAUUGUGGUUGUGGAAGGGAUGGAUGAUCAAAUGCCAUCUCUUCCAUCAUCAACUGGAGUACAGGUUAUAACAUACUCUAAACUAAUGAGUCAGGGCCGCAGUAAUCUUCAGCCUUUUUGUCCACCGAAGCCUGAAGAUGUUGCAACAAUCUGCUAUACAAGUGGUACAACAGGAACACCGAAGGGGGCUGCAUUGACCCAUGGAAAUAUGAUUGCAAAUCUUGCUGGAGCGACUCUUGCUCAUAAAUUCUACGCAUCAGAUAUCUACAUAUCAUAUCUGCCUCUGGCACACAUUUAUGAACGGGCAAAUCAGGUCAUGGUGGUAUAUUUUGGAGUUGCUGUUGGAUUUUACCAAGGGGAUAAUUUGAAACUCAUGGAUGAUUUUGCUGCUCUAAGACCCACUAUCUUCUGCAGUGUUCCUCGGCUGUAUAAUAGAAUAUAUGCUGGUAUUAUCAGUGCUGUUAAAGCAUCUGGUGGAGUAAGGGAGAGGUUAUUCAAUGCCGCCUACAAUGCUAAAAAGCAAGCAAUGCUUAAUGGCAAGAAUCCAUCUCCCAUGUGGGACAGAUUAGUGUUCAAUAAGAUAAAGGCAAGACUUGGUGGACGAGUUCGAUUCAUGGUGUCAGGGGCUUCACCCUUGUCUCCUGAUGUGUUGGAAUUCUUGAAGAUCUGCAUUUGUGGGAAUGUAAGUGAAGGAUAUGGAAUGACUGAGACUGCAUGUGUCAUAAGUUCUAUGGAUGAAGGAGACAACCAAACUGGCCAUGUUGGCUCUCCUAAUCCAGCCUGUGAAAUAAAGCUUGUAGAUGUUCCAGAAAUGAACUACACAUCUGAUGAUAAGCCCUAUCCUCGCGGUGAAAUCUGUGUGAGGGGUCCCAUUGUAUUUCCAGGAUAUCAUAAAGAUGAAGCACAGACGAGAGAAGUAAUUGAUGAAGAUGGAUGGCUUCAUACUGGAGAUAUAGGAUCAUGGUUACCUGGAGGUCGUCUAAAGAUCAUUGAUAGAAAGAAGAAUAUUUUUAAGCUGGCGCAAGGAGAGUAUAUAGCCCCCGAGAAAAUUGAGAAUGUAUACGCUAAAUGCAGAUUUGUCUCCCAAUGUUUUGUGCAUGGGGACAGCCUGAAUUCCUCUUUGGUAGCCGUGGUCUCAGUGGACGAAGAUGUUCUGAAAGCUUGGGCCGCUUCUGAAGGCAUUCAGAGUGGAAAUUUGGAGCAACUAUGCAAUGACCCAAGAGCAAAGGCUGCGGUACUUGCAGACAUGGAUGCUGUCGGACGAGAAGCUAAGCUCCGAGGAUUUGAAUUUGCAAAAGCUGUGACUCUAGUUGUGGAACCAUUUACAAUGGAAAACGGUCUCCUAACUCCUACGUUUAAGGUUAAGAGACCUCAAGCAAAGGCAUACUUUGAGAAUGCAAUAACGAAAAUGUACGCAGAGCUCGCUACAUCUGAUCCCUCCCCAAAACUGUAGUUGUGAAAUUGACAGGUAUAACACAGGUGUAAAAUAAAAUUGAAGAUCUCUAUUUGCUGAAGCAUUCUGCAGUAGGAUCUGUAAUUGUUUAUUUAAUACUCUCUUACACAGUGUCGUAAGAGAAUCCGAUUGUCUUGUAUAAUUGCACCUCAGAUUAACGAGGUUCAUACACAGAUUUCUUAAAAGAAUAAAUAGAAAAUAGCCGGCGGCUGUUCGUGGUGGUAACGGUUGAUCAUUCUUUCAAUUUGUUCUUGAAGCCAACCUGUAGCUAAAUAUGACUUGAACAUUAAUUUGUGCAAUAAUAAUUAAUUUUAAUUAA